AUGGAGGUGAAACAUAGAUGUAAUCAGAUACUUGAACUCGGAUUUCCUUUAGGUGGAAUUGCCAAGCUGUUUGCUCAAGAAUGGGAGGGUGAUGUAACUGUUGUUAUGCCUGCAACUCUUGCUCAGUACUCGAAAAUUAUACAGAAUCCUUCAUAUAUGGAACUUCAGAAGGCAAACAACCAAGGGAGAAGAUGCACCUGGGAGAAGCUUUCGGCCAUAAAAGCUAAUUGCGGAAUUGAGCUUGCUCUUGAUGAGUGUGUUGUAAUGCUCAAUCAUAUGAGAAGACUCAAACGAAGUGCUGUAAGAGCGGCAGCUGCUGUUUCUUCUCAAGGUCCCAGUUUUCCCCCUGCUGUCAAGUUCUGUGGUGCAAGAAGAAUUCCUUCAUGGAAUGUUAUUGCACGAGAAAAUUCAACAGGAUCCCUUGAAGAUCUUAUUCUAGGCGCUAACGGUCCCAAUGAAACCUCCGGUAAAAAUUGGAAGUCCAACCGUAGCGCAUAUGAUGGAAGUGACUGUGAAUCUGAAUGUAGUGACUCAAAUUCUUGGACAAGAACUGGGGGGCCUUUAAUGAGAACUACUUCGUCCAAUCUGUUCAUUGACUUCGUCCAGCACUUAGAAAUUGAUAUUGAACCUAGUACAAGCAUGCCGGGUCGUACUACGCCUCACGAUUUUCAAUAUCACAGUCCCAGGGUGACAACACCGGAUAGGAGCUCCUCAGAAUCCGACCAGAGGGAAAACGGCAACAAGGUUUUCACGAAUGGAUCUAGCAUAAUGGUAACUGAAGGCGAUCUUUUGCAGCCUGAAAGGAUCCAUAAUGGGAUUGUGUUCAAUGUUAUCAAGAAAGAAGACUUGUCACCUUCAAGUAGGAGUCAUGAUAGUUUUAGCAAUGAAGUCGCCGAGUCUGUCCAAAUUUAUUGUCCAGGGAAGGAGAUGGACACUGCUAGCACAGUUUCUGAUUCCGAAAAUGGCGACAAUGAAACAAUUACCCUAGACAACAACUCCGAAGUUGAUUCCAGUGCCGAUUUGGGUAAGGAUAAAACCGUUGCUGACCGUUAA